AUGAAACUCACAAUAUUGGCAUCAAUACUGCUUGCUUGCUCAGUUACUACGGCUAGCCCAGUCAAUCCCAGUGCAAGUGCAAGUUUAAGUACCGAAUCUAUUCUUUUGGCAGAUCUUUCCAGCGCAGCUAUAUUUCUAGAAGUUUCUAGUGAAGAUGAUCAAAGUCAAAUUGAGCUAAGCACAUUUCCAGUCGAGGAUCAAGAUCUCGUCAAAGACUACCUUAGUAAAGUAAUAAACCUUCCAAAAGCACCUGAAUCGGUAAAGAAUCAGAUUGCUGCUCAAAAAGAACGUAUAGCCGAGCUAGAUAAACAGUAUCAGCAACUGAUCCAUAAAUCUCAAGAAAAAAGCCAUACUUCACAGUAUAAAGAUAAAGUCGAGAGAGCUAAACUUGAACUCAAAGCCCAAUCUCUUGAACUUUUUAAUCUUGAAAAACAAGAUGAUGUGCUCAAGUCCGAAUAUGAUACAGCAUUGUUUGAUCUAAAUCGGAUACAAAGAAAAGCCGCACAAUCCUUACUUCAAAGAUAUGAAUACGCUUCAUCAGUUAGGUUGUGUUUACGCUUUGGAACGAAAGUCUAUAGUUUAGAGAUCAAGCGCCGACUCCGCAAUAGGGUGCUGAGACGGCCAGCGGCAUCCGAGGAAAGAUCUGCCGAUGAAACCCCGAGUCCACCACAACAAGAAAUUCAAAAUUCACUUCCAUCAUAUCAAGAUAUAAUGGGGGAUACUGAAGAAUAUGAAGUAGGCCUGGAAAACUUUGAGGUUGAACCUCCAUCAUAUGACGAAGUAAUGCUGAACCCUGAAAAUUUUCCCAAAGAUCUGGAAACCCAUACUACCGAGCCGUCAUUAGUGGAAACGUCUAUAACUCAACCCACUCAGACAUUCUCUAGCGUUUCAUCCACUCAAAUAUCAUCUAGUGUUUCAUCCAGCAUGCAGACAGAUUCACCCAGUAUGCAGACAGCUUCACCCAAUAUGCAGACAGCUCCAUCCAGUAUGCAGACAGCUUCACCCAGUCGACGGAGAGUUUUACCCACUAUACGAGUAGUUUAUCCCAGUCGACAGAGAAACUUGCCUAAUUUACGGAUAACUUUGCCCAAUUUUAUGAAAAAAUCCAAGUCAUCCUUGAAUCAACCCAGACGUGACGAUUCAUCUGAUUGA